AUGACAGAGCCUGUUAACAAUUUGCAGAACGAGUUGAAAGGUGAGCAGAGAAAGCAGAAGAAAAAUGCCCAGUAUAACCAAGAAGAGAGGCAUAUAGGACACGAGCAGUCUCCACAUGUUCUGCCUGGUCAACAUGGUCAGCAUAACCAGCACAGCCAACAUGAGCAACAUGAUCAGCAUGACCAACGUAACCAUCAGUAUGAGCGCAGGCCAUCUGAUUCCAAAUUAGGGAGGUUUUCUUGGGUGCGAAAGUUGAUGAACAAUGGUAAAAGUGGAGUUGUUGAGGAGAAAAAACAACGGUAUACGAGCCGGAGACAAUCGCACGAAGGAGUGGAUUUAGAGGCGAAAGCAGGAGGCGCUAAACCAGUAGCUAAGGCAGCGGUGAAAACUGAAGCUAAGGCAAGGGCUAACGUUGAGGCUAAUUUGAGGGCUCGAACAAAAUCAAGAGCUCAGGCAAAAGAAUUGGCAAGAGUGAAGGCUAUUGACGAUUUACAGGCACAAAAGAGCAUUGGAGGCCGAAGCACUGGAGGUCGCAGUUUUGGGGGUAAAAGUCUUGGAGGUCGUAGUAAUACUGGUGAAAGUACGCAGGAGGAUAUAUUUUCCAUGUCCGCAUCUGUGCGAUCGAUCAAGUCAGGCAGAACUGCGUCUGCCUACCGAACUGGCGAUAUAGGCAGCUUCAUUAGCAACGGCGAAGCCUCCUUACUGUCAGAUGGAGUGAGCACGAGGCCCCUGUACUCUCUACACGGCUCUGAUUUUGAGGAGGAAAGCCAGAAGAACAUCCAGGAUACCAGCGAUACCCGCGAUAGGGACAUCCAGGAUAUACAUGGCACACGUAGUACCCAGGAAACUCAAGGUAGUGCUAUUGGAAGUGCCUUUAGCAGCACAAUUGGUAGUACUGUUGACAGUACUGUUGAUAGUACUGUAGGAAGCACGCUUGGUAGCACUGCAGAAAGUACUGCAGAAAGUACUGCAGAAAGUACUGCAGAAAGUACUGCAGACAGUCAAGGAAGUCAAGGUAGUACAGAUAGUGCAGGCAGUCCAAGUAGCCUUGGAGGCCUUGCUACAGGAGAUACAUACAGCACGAACGCUGGCGGCCACAGUAGUUUUGGAAACGGCGUGGUUCCAGUGUCCAUUUUUGCUUCCAGGUGUCUAACGCAGGGAACAGGUGCAACAGGAAGUACAAUAGCUACAAAUACAGGAGAUACCGCAUCAGUGGUGACCCUUGCCAGUUCUACAAGGAACAAACGCAGAAGAAGGAGUAUCGACACCAACGCAUCAAUGACAGCCAUUCCUCCCGCCAGUAUUAUGGAGAGAUUAGCCGGUACCAGCACUCCCGCCUCCAGCUCUAUCAAGGGUGAAUGA